CCGGCCGCGGAGGGGGCGGCCCCUCCUGGGGAGCGCAGCGAAGCCCGUCCUACACUCGGGAUCCGGCGGCGGCCGCAGCAGCAAACGGUGCGGAGCAGGCCAGCGCAAGGUAGCGCAGGAGGCGGCGGCGGCAGCAGCAGCAGCAGCGAAGGAGGCCCGCAGAGGCCGAGCGAGCGGAACCGAACAGAGAGAUCCUAGCCGAGGGCGCCCGCCCCCUCCAUGGCCCUCUCGCCGCCGCCGCCGCCGCCGCCGUUCCUGCAGCCGCUGCUGCUGGUCUUCUUGGCCCUGGCGCCCGCGUCGGCCUCACCGGUCCCCGAGGGCGCCAACGGCAGCACGGCCACGGCCACGGUGGUGACGGUGGCCCUGGUGUUGCCGCAGAACAACCCCAGCUACCCCUGGGCCUGGCCGCGCGUGAGCCCUGCCGUGCAGCUGGCACUGGAGGCGCUGGAGCCGGCCCUGCGGGCGGCCGGGCUGUCCAUGCGCACCGUGUUCGCCACGUCGGAGCUGGACGGCGCCUGCUCGGAGUACGUGGCGCCGCUCAACGCCGUGGACCUGAAGCUCUACAACGACCCCGACGUGCUGCUGGGGCCCGGCUGCGUCUACCCAGCCGCCUCGGUGGCGCGCUUCGCUUCUCACUGGCGCCUGCCGCUGCUGACGGCCGGCGCCGUCGCCUCGGGCUUCAGCCACAAGAAGGACCACUACAGCACGCUGGUGCGCACCGGCCCGUCGGCGCCCAAGCUCGGCGCCUUCGUGGCCCACCUGCACGAGCACUUCAACUGGAGCACCCGCGCCGCCCUGCUCUACGUGGACCGCAAGACCGACGACCGGCCCUUCUACUUCACCAUCGAAGGCGUCUACGAGGAGCUGCGCUACGCCAACCUCACCGUGGGCUACUCCAUCUACGCGCCCCGCGGCGGCGGCGGCCAGGACGAGGAGGAGGAGGGCGGGGACGGCGGCGAGGGCCAGGACUCCGCCAUCCCCUUCAUCAAGGCCAACGGGCGAGUCAUCUACAUCUGUGGGCCGCUAGAGAUGCUGCACCAGAUCAUGCGCCUGGCCCAGUGCGAGGGUCUGACCAACGGGGACUACGUCUUCUUCUACGUGGACGUCUUUGGAGAGAGCCUGAGAGCGGAAGGGGGCCGGGAGGCGGCCAAGCCCUGGCAGGGCCAGGAGGGCCAGGAUCCCGGAGGCCUGCGAGAGGCCUUCCAGACGGUGCUGGUGAUCAGCUACCACGAGCCGCAGGACCCCGAGUACCACCACUUCCAGAGCCAGCUGAUCCUGCGGGCCCGGAAGGAGUUUGGGGUGGAGCUCAACGACUCGCUGAAGAACCUGGUGGCGGCCUGCUUCCACGACGCCCUCCUGCUCUACGCCAUGGCGCUGAACGAGACGCUCCACGAAGGCCGGGCCAAGAACGACACCGUCCACAUCCUGGAGAAGAUGAAGGGGCGGAAGUUCAAGGGUGUGACGGGGAUGGUGAGCAUGGACGGCAACAACGACCGGGACACGGAUUUUGACCUGUGGGCCAUGGCGGACGUGGAGAGGGGCGAGUACCAGGUGGUGGGGCACUAUGUGGGGUCGAAGAAGGAGAUGAGCUGGCUGGGGCCCAUCCUCUGGGUGAAGGGGGAGCCCCCCCUGGACAACCCCCCCUGCUUCGACAUGAGCGACCCCUCCUGUGGCCCGCUCUCCACCCUGGCCAUCGUGGCGCUGGGCGCGGGGCUCACCUUCCUCAUGUUUGGCAUCUCCAGCUUCCUGAUCUUCCGGAAGCUGAUGCUGGAGAAGGAGCUGGCCCGCAUGCUGUGGCGCAUCCGCUGGGACGAGCUGCAGUUCGGCAGCUCGGAGCGCUACUACAAGGGGGCAGGCAGCCGCCUCACCCUCUCGCUGCGUGGGUCCAGCUACGGCUCUCUGAUGACAGCCCACGGCAAGUACCAGAUUUUUGCCAACACGGGACUCUUCAAGGGAAACGUGGUGGCCAUCAAGCACGUGAACAAGAAGCGGAUCGAGCUGACCAGGCAGGUGCUCUUCGAGCUCAAGCAUAUGCGAGACAUCCAGUUCAACCACUUGACCCGCUUCAUCGGAGCCUGCAUCGACCCCCCCAACAUCUGCAUCGUGACGGAGUACUGCCCCCGGGGGAGCUUGCAGGACAUUCUGGAGAACGAGAGCAUCAACCUGGACUGGAUGUUCCGCUACUCGCUCAUCAACGACAUUGUCAAGGGCAUGGCUUUCCUGCACAGCAGCAUCAUCGGGUACCACGGCAGCCUCAAGUCCUCCAACUGCGUGGUGGACAGCCGCUUUGUGCUCAAGAUCACGGACUACGGCCUGGCCAGCUUCCGGCAGAGCAGCGAGAGCGAGGGCAGCUACGCCCUCUAUGCCAAGAAGCUGUGGACAGCCCCCGAGCUCCUGCAGAAGGGCCACCUGCCCCCACUGGCCAUGCAGAAGGCGGACGUCUACAGCUUCGGCAUCAUCCUGCAGGAGGUCGCGCUGCGCAACGGAGCCUUCUAUAUCGAGGGCAUGGACCUCAGCCCCAAGGAGAUUGUGCAGAAAGUGCGCAACAGCCAGAGGCCGUAUUUCCGACCCACCAUCGACAGGCAGCUGCACGCCGAGGAGCUGGCCGUCCUGAUGGAGCGCUGCUGGGCGCAAGAGCUGGCCGAGCGCCCGGACUUCGCCCAGAUCAAGAUCUUCAUCCGGCGCUUCAACAACAGGGAAGGCAGCACCAGCAUCCUGGACAACUUGCUGUCCCGCAUGGAGCAGUACGCCAACAACCUGGAGAAGCUGGUGGAGGAGCGCACCCAGGCCUACCUGGAGGAGAAGCGCAAGGCCGAGAACCUGCUCUACCAGAUCCUCCCCCACUCGGUGGCGGAGCAGCUGAAGCGGGGCGAGACGGUGCAAGCAGAAGCCUUUGACUGUGUCACCAUCUACUUCAGCGACAUUGUGGGCUUCACCUCCCUGUCGGCAGAGAGCACCCCGAUGCAGGUGGUGACCCUGCUCAAUGACCUCUACACCUGCUUUGAUGCCAUCAUUGAUAACUUCGAUGUCUACAAGGUGGAGACAAUUGGAGACGCCUACAUGGUGGUGUCGGGGUUGCCGGUUCGAAAUGGGAAGCUGCAUGCCCACGAGAUCAUCCGCAUGGCCCUCGCCCUCCUCGAGGCGGUCCGAACUUUCCGCAUCCGGCACCGGCCCAACGAGCAGCUGUGCCUCCGCAUCGGCAUCCACUCUGGGCCCGUGUGUGCCGGCGUGGUGGGCCUCAAGAUGCCGCGCUACUGCCUCUUUGGGGACACGGUCAACACAGCGUCACGCAUGGAGUCCAAUGGCGCAGCCUUAAAGAUCCACGUCUCUUCCACCACAAAGGAGAUCCUGGAUGAAUUUGGCUGCUUCGAGUUGGAACUGAGAGGGGAUGUGGAGAUGAAGGGCAAGGGGAAGAUGCGGACCUACUGGCUGCUGGGGGAGAAGGAGAGCGGAGUCAUCUGACGGCUCCUGGCCCUCCCACCAGGGGCACCGCCGGCCUCCUCCCCACAGGAGCUGGGGCUGCGGGGGACUCACUUGGCCCACCACGCCCUCGCGCCCCCCAGCAGCAACGAGAGAUUGAGAGAGAGGACGGACGACCGGCAGGGCGGGCCAGGGACCCCUGCCUGGAGAGGCCCUGGGCUGAAGGCGGCAGGCCUGCUCCUGCCCCCCUUCCGGCUCCCCACUCACUCACACUGGCCUCUGGCUCAGACCCCAAGGGCCGGGCCAGCAAGAGGCCUGCUGCAGGACCCCACCACAGAGAGCCCCUGCAGGAGCAAGGCAGGGCCCCCGCCCGCUGGGGCCCCGCUCCGCAUCUCAGCUGGCUGAGCCAUGCCUCCUGCAACCACCACCACCACCACGCCGCUGCUCCCCCCUUCCCCUCUGGGUGUAAAUAUAGAACUUCAGAAAGAGUGCAA